AUGUCGCAGUCUCCGAGUCCUUCUGACAACAAUUCACCUAAUGCAACCCAUAACGCUCUCAAACGGCGCAUUGCUGCUCUAGAAGAGCAUAAUGCUGAGCUGCAGGGAGAAAGCCAUCGCAACAAAAGCCAUGGUGAUAUAUAUGUCCCUGCUGGCCGAGCCGUCCGGCGCCUCGUGAGCUUAACUGACAGGGUUGAGGACCUUAUCGGAGAGCACGAUCGAAGGAGCGCUCUAUGUGAUGAAGAUGACCAACACACGGAAGAGGAGGAACGAACCUAUCAGUCAUUUCAACAGCUACUUCGCUGGGUUCCAUGUGUCCGCAGCCUUAUAAACUCUCAAAGUGACGGAUAUCAGCUCAACGUUGCUUAUCAAAAGCUCAAUAAAGGUGCCGAUUCAGCACGGGGCGAUGAUGCUAGUUCUUUGAAGAAAACAGUGGCUUCGUGGCUCAAUGAGAGCCGUCCUACCCCCAACCCACCAAUCUCCUCAGUCGACAAGUCCGGACGUGGAUUUUAUCAUGAUGCGACCGGGGAACUUCUAUGUCCUGUGGAUUUCCAUUGGGCCAAUCCAAGUAACGGCAAAUAUGACCCUGACGACCCGACAAAAGGGCUGUUCAAAAGUGCUUGGCUCGUCAGGACUUUCAAACAUAUUUUUACAUCCCCCAGCUCUGCUGGGGAGAUACGACCUGACGAAGAAGAACCCCUGGGCUACCAGGAAUCAUCGCACAAGCGGUCUAGGACCUCAGGUGAACGGCGCACCCAGUCCAACAUUGCGACAAUAUUAGGAAUGCGCUCAGUUCAACCGCGAGCUAUCGCCUAUUCAGCAGUCCAAUUACGAUUUGCCUUAUCAAGCUGUGGUGCCUGGUGUAUCGUUGAUGAUGAGUUUGAUCAUCGUCAGUUUUACAUCUACAUCAUCGACUACUUCGAGCAUCUACCUACAUCUGCCGCCAAAGCCUCCAUCGACACUCUUCUUGUUUGGUGGAACAGAAAGGUCUUUGGGGCUCGCAAUGUGUCUACUUACUUGCCUCAGAAUGUAGCGCAAUACUCUGUUGCUAACACUUCUGCCAGACGCUGCCAGUGA